AUGGCGGCCCCCAACGACCAAUUUUACAUCCGAUACUACUCGGGCCACAUGGGCCGUUUUGGCCACGAAUUCUUGGAAUUCGACUUUCGCGUUGUCGGAGAUGGCCGUAGCGCAGUCGCCAGAUACGCAAACAACUCCAACUACAGAAACGACAGCUUGAUUCGGAAAGAAAUGUGUGUGAGCUCCGCAGUUAUCGAGGAGAUUAAGCGCAUUGUCAAGCAGAGCGAGAUUAUCAAGGAAGACGAUUCCAAGUGGCCGCAGAAGAACAAGGAUGGCCGACAGGAGCUGGAAAUCCGAUUGGGAGGAGAUCACAUUUCAUUUGAGACGGCCAAGAUUGGAUCAUUGGUUGAUGUCACCGAAUCAGCCGACCCCGAGGGCCUCCGAGUCUUUUACUACCUCGUGCAGGACCUAAAGGCGCUUGUUUUCAGCCUGAUAGCCCUCCACUUCAAGAUUAAACCAAUCUGA